AUGCCGCCAGCAGUUGGGCGCAUGCAUGCGAGCCACAUGUCGAAUCCCUUCGUGCAUCUCAAUCCAGCCCACUCCAUCCCACAGUCGCAUUACCAGCAACAACAGCACUCGCUACCACAGCCUCUGACGCGGCCUUCGAACUACGCCGGCGUGAACGGCUUCGCUCCCCCGACCUCCAAUGUCGCUCUACAAAACGCCUAUGCCAGCGCUGGUGCCCUAGCUGGAGCAAAUGCUGCACAAGGAGUCGGUGGAGGCACAGGACUGGGCAGUGAGGCCGCGUAUCGGGGCUUUGCACACGGCGCUGCUCUUCAACAACAGCAAGCCCAUCAGGCCGAGGCCGCCCAACUAGGCCUCAAAUCCGGUCUAGCAGGAAGGAUACGUGAAGUCUGGGCCCACAACCUCGAGCAUGAGAUGGUUCUGCUGCGCCAGCUCAUCACGAAAUAUCCCUAUGUGAGCAUGGAUGCCGAGUUUCCUGGAAUUGUCGCGCGACCUAUCGGUAACUUCGAGAACAAGGCCUCGUAUCACUACCAAACUCUCCGUUGCAACGUCGAUCUCCUCAAGCCCAUCCAGCUGGGCAUCACUAUCUGGACUGCAGACGGCGAGCUACCGCCUCAACAACCUGACCCAUCGCUCUUCCCCAAACUUCCAAAUAAUCUGGUCGUGUGUCCCUGCACGUGGUCCUUCAACUUCCGUUUCUCUCUCGACCACGACAUGUACGCAGAAGGUUCCAUUGAGCUUCUGAAAAAGGCAGGUCUUGAUUUUGCCAAGCACCAGGAACAGGGUAUCGACCUCAAUGCUUUUGGUGCUGCUCUGACCACCUCGGGCCUGACUUUCGUUGAUGAUGUCAAUUGGCUCUCAUUCCACUCGGGAUACGACUUUGGAUACUUGAUCAAGCUGCUGACUAACGCUCCGCUGCCUGAGAACGAAACAGAGUUCCGCGAUCUUGUCAACAUCUACUUCCCCAAGCUCUGGGACAUUAAAUUCUUAUUACGACACGCUCAGCGUACCUUGGCUCCGCAAAAUCGUCUCAGCCCCACCGCCUCGACUGUCAUCAAUACUCUCGGCCAAAAGUCUGGCUUACAAGAUCUUGCAGAAGAGCUCGGUUGCGUGCGCCAGGGUGCACCUCACACUGGUGGUUCAGACGCGUGGCUGACUGGCUCGGUUUUCUGGGCCAUGCGCAACAAAAUCUUCGACGGUCACGCACCUCUUGAACUGGCCGACCAAAUCUAUGGUCUUCAUGGCGUUGGUCCGCCAGCAAGCGCUGCCUUCAGAGACGAGUUUCUUCAGAGCCAGGGUCACCAAACUCCGCAGACCAACGGCGCUCUCAACUUCCACACAGGACACACCCCCACCACUCAUCAAGCGCCGAGUACUCCAACCACCUCUCAUGCUGCCAUAUCAGGCGGUGUUUUCGGCAACUUCCAAUACGCCAAAUAG